CAAUUUUCCCCGAUAUUUCAGUCACAGUCGUGGUUAAUCGUCAAUAUAUUAGCCAACUGUAAAAGAUGGCUGCGCCCUUGCAAGAAGACGAUGACGAAAUUUUGAAGGACGAUUAUUACUCUCUUUUGAACAUUUCAAGACAGGCGACCAAGAAUGAGGUGAAUCAGGCAUAUAAACAACUGAGCAAAAUCUACCAUCCAGACAAGCACCAGGAUCCUGUAAAGAAGAAAAAUGCAGAACUUCUCUUUAGUAAACUUAAAAAAGCACACGAAGUGCUGGUUGAUGAACAUAAGAGAGUUAUAUAUGACUUGUAUGGGGAGAAAGGACUAGAAACGUAUGGUUUGGAGGUUGUGUCUAGAACAAAGACUCCGAGUGAGAUUAUAGCCGAGUAUGAAAGGUUUCAACAAGAGCAGGAGGAAAGAAGGCUACAACAAUUUACUAACCCUAAAACAAAUGCUGUAAUAGUUGUGAAUGCCUGUGAACUGUUCGAGUCAUAUGAUGAUGGUGAAGAUGAUGAUUAUGGAAUGAUGGAAAGGAUCCCCAGUAUAGGUAUCAGUUCAAUGAAUGUAAGUCAGUCAGUUGAUUGCCCUUUAACUAGUCAGAACACUGCUAUACUGCGCUGGAAUCUUGCCAGCGAGAAUGGAAAUGGUUCUGGGAUAUUUGCUGUAACUUGGAAGAGACUUUUGUCUAGUAGAGGCUCAGUAGAAGUGGAAACAAGUUUCGGUUCCAGAUCAGGGGUAUCUUUCAGGUUCUCACGGCAUUUCUUUAAAAGUUUAAUAUUUAACUUCAACACAAAUUUGAAAGUAUCAGAAAGGGGUAUUAAACCAUCUGUCAACACUGGUUUGAGUUACACUUUCGACAGAUACUGGCAAGGAAGGAUACGAUGGAAUAUUUUAGCACCGUCAAACCUUAAAACAUUAUUAGUUUACCACUCAGAAACCCAACAGGUGCUCUUUGAAGUUAAUUUAGGUAUUCAGUACAGUUAUAUAUAUACAUCAUACACCAAAAAGUUCAAAGAACACGAUGUUUCAACAACAGUUAGCUUAAAAGCAGGGACAUUUGGUGCAGUAAUAGAGUAUGGUAUAGAGAAAAAAGUGACAGCAUUUAGUAAUCUAGGAGCAACAAUGUCUGUUGGAUAUCCUACUGGAGUUACAAUUGCUCUUAAGUUAGAUAGAGGUAGUCAUACUAUGUUAAUGCCUAUAAAGUUAUCAGAUGAGGUGAUACCAAGCUCUAUAUUGUACGGUACAAUCAUUCCUAUAGUUACUUACUUUGCUGUAAAGAAAUUAAUUGUUGAUCCUUUCCUGUCCGGACAAAAAGAAAAAGAAUUGGUGAGAAAGAAGCAGGAACAGAAAGAGAAAAUACAACAGAGAAAGCGGGAAGCACAAGCUUUGAUAGAGCUUAUGAAGGAAUCUGUUGAUAGGAAUAUAGAAGUUGAAGAAAGAAGGAAUGGUUUAAUUAUAAUAACAGCCAUAUAUGGAAAACUCUCAUCCUCCACUGAUGAAGACCUACAAACAGAAGAUUGUAUAGAUGUGACUGUACCAUUACAAGCUCUAGUCAAAGAUUCAAACCUGAUAACUCCUGAAAAAACAUCCAAGAGUGAUAUCCCAGGAUUCUAUGACCCAUGUAUAGGAGAAGAGAAGAAGUUGUAUAUAAAAUACAAGUUUAGGAAGACGAUUCAUCAUACAACUGUAGAUGACAUGGAGAAAGUUAGAAUACCACAACAAAGACAUUUAAUGCGUGAAGAAGAUUUACCUCCCUUUAUAAAUGAGCCAGAUGAGACGUGAUGCAGGACGUGGAUGUGUAGCUAGAUAGAGUGGUUGUAAUCUGUUACUGUUUUAACAAUUCACAGUGUGCCAGACCAAACAUCACCAUAUACGUGUUGUCAUACAGCAGGAAAAUAAUAUCUUGUUCCCAUAGUUUCACUCUUGGGGACACCGAGCUUAAAUAGACUUUCAUAGUAAAUCACAUUUAAGUCUUCCUGUGCGAGAUUAAAACACCCAUAGCUCAUUCAUAGAAAUUUUUUCUGAGUUUCUAUUCUGCUUUCAAAAUGAUUUUAGUUAUGUGAUACUAUAAACACUGAAAGUUAAAAGGAAUGAGAAACAUAUCUAUAUAAUACUGUGUGUUUGUAACGUUUCUUUUUGUUGGAUAAUCAUGAGGUCUAUAUAGUUUGAUAUACACGGCUGCUGUCAAUUUAUGAAGAAAUCAUAUAUUGUUCCUGUAAAAAGGAAAUUUGCUGUAUUAUAAAUUUGUUAUAAAGAUUUUUGACAGGUUAUAUGGCUGUAUAUAAACAGCUGUUUGCAAUAUAACCCUGCCGUAGCAGCUUGGGAUAUAUUUAUAUACAGAUAACCAUUUAUAUCGGGCCAUAUAACCUGUCAAAAAUCUUUAUAACUAAUAAUAUUUAUAGAGGGUGGAAAUUUUAUCAGCAUACUUGAUAGUUAUUUAUUGCGAAUAGUGAAGUACAGUCAAACCUGUUGAAACCAAGCAAUACAAUUAGUCAUAUCUGUUUGAGAUUUUAUAACUUUUCUAUAUGCUAACCAAGCAAAGCAGAACUGAUUUUAUGAUUUUACAUAUGUUGAAAGAAUUUGUACAGUUGACCCUUCCUGUAACCAGUUAUAAUACAUAUGCUAUUAUUUAUAACUUUUAAUAGAAUUUAUUAUCAAAAUACAUGGUAAAACAUGUAAUAAAUGUAAUGUCGUGUCGAUUAUAGAAGGGCACUGCUUGAUUUUUUCAGUAAUUUUGACCUAGCCUGACAUUUUUUGUUUUGUUUUCUCAAAAAUUGUUGCAAAAUUAUACCUAGUGAAAACCUAGUGAAAACCCCAAGUGACAAAGCAUACUUAAAACUAUAUCAUGGUUUUUGAUUGUAUUAGAAUUUUUUCUAUGACCAAGUCUCCUUUCUUAGAAAUUUUGAAGUUUGACUUCUAAGAUGUUUGCAUAAUAAUAUAUGCAUGAAUGUAUUGUAGGCAAAGGGAGUUUUGCUAGCAUAAAAGGUUUAUUAAAAGUCCUGUAUUAGACAAUGUACAGACUCCAGUAUAGAAUAUAUUUUCAGUAUUUUAAAUGUAUAUCAUGUAUAUACAUCGAGGGUUGACUGCAAAACUGCAAUAACUUAUAUAACAUAAAUAAGGACUUACAACAGUUUUGCAGUCAACCCUCGACAUGUAAUGUGUGCAGACUUUGAUGCAAUUUUUUGAUAAAAACUAGUUUAAUAAAAAUUUGUCUAAGUGUUGCAUAUUUUACUUGUAUUAAACUUUUUAUAGAAAUUGA